UUACAUUCUUAUAAUCUAAAGUCUGAAGUUCAGGAUCAUUCAAAUGUAUACCUUUGAGAUUUGAAAAAAUCUCAACGAUUCGGGAUUCGGAAUUUCAUUCAAUUCUACUAUCAUCGCAGAAACGUAAAAGUAGCAGGCAAGACGUUCUAUUCCAAUUCCCUUCUACCGUUGCGUCGUGCGCUCGCCAUCAUUGCUAACGUUCGUCAGAAAGGUGUGCCAAAACGCCAUCUACAUGCCGCCUGCGAUGUGAGCGUGAGGAGCCCUUCUGCUGCGGACAAAAUUAGUCGUGGGGUAUCGCGCGGCUGUUCCUUACAGAAAAAAAAAUUAUGAUGGCAAGCAAGGCUUGGAAGGUGGUCCAGCCGCACGUGCCGAUGAUCAAGUUUCGCAAGGGCGGCAUCAAUCGCGCAGCAGUUACGGGCACGACAGCAGCGACAUCUGCGCGGUCAGGGUCGGUGCAGAUGCAGCAAAGCGCGGGUGGUGCGACGGGGCCCCAGGUGAUCGCUCUACCGACGAUAGAGGACAUUCAUCUACCGCCACGGUAUCAGAGGCGACCGAUAGAUCAAAAGGAAAUAGAAUAUAUCAACCGUGGUGGACCAGAGUGAAUUUUUGCAGUGCUAGCAUUUAGAAUACAGUAAGCUCCAUAUAUAUUUAAUUUGUUAUUGACCAAGUCAAUGUGUUGUUAAAAUAAAUGGACGUGACAGAGAGAA